AAGUAUUGAAAAUAUUCAAAGCCAACUGUUAAAAUAACAAAAGUAGCACUAAAAAAAUAACGUUGGAAAAAUAACUUGCAAUCAGGGCUGCUAGUUGGGGUCAGGGUAAGCUACUCACACUCCCUAAUCAUUAUACACCGCAAUCAGCAACACAGCAGGCGACAUGGCUGUACCCAUCGAUGAGGGCGUGCUAAGCGCUCUGCGGGGCAUAACAAGCAAGAAUACACGCCUACCCAAGCCGCUGCUAAUCAAAGUUUAUGUGUCCAGCUUAAAGGAGGAAUUUUGCCAGGAGCGUCGAAUGCUUUUGGAACUAGUUGGUCCUGAACUGCAGUCCAUUUACGAUGAUCGGCAAAUUGAGAUUGAAAUUGUCGACAUGCACUUCGGCACUGGCCCUUUACAUAUUAUGCAAGUCGAACAGGAUCCUUAUAUUCUACAAGAUUAUCUUCACGAAAUUGAGACUUGCUACAAUAACUCAAAAAGUGUAUUUUUUCUGGCGUUAAUCGGCGAUAGAAUCGGUCCCAUGCCAUUACCAACGCACAUCGAUGACGAUAUUUUCACAGCCAUACUAGAGCAUACGCAAACGAGCGAUGAAGAGCGGAAUUUGUUGCGAAAAUGGUACGCACAGACAGCAACAGGCACUCAAAAUAUAAGGAGUUGCAGCAGUAGUGAUGCAGAGGGCAAAGCUGCUAACGCACAUAGCAAAUACGUGCUUAAGCAGGACUAUCGUUCCAUGUUGCUAGAAAAAUGGCAUUCGGAGUAUUUACAGCUACGUGAUGCGAUUGAGCGCUAUCUUCAAAGCAUUAAACGAAAUGCAAAUACAAAAAAUACUCUCUCAGAGGAUUUCAUGAACCGAGCACAGAAGCUGAGAGAGACACAAUUGGAACAGGAAGUGCAAAGAGCGUUAGAGCUGUCGAAUGACAAAAUUUUGGCUGUGUUUCGAGAAUGGUCAUCACAGUUGACCACUAAAAAUGCUGAGGCAGGUGAACGACUACGCAAAAUGAAAGAUCAACUCACUAUGAACCUCUCCUCCGACAAUUACACAACGCUGGUCGUUGCUGGCAAAUCGAGUGAGCAUGCAAUCGAUCCCGACAAUGAGGACCAUGAAACUUAUUUGAGUAAAUUUAAAAACAAAGUUUUUGAUAAAUUACGUUUUCUAAUCGAAGAGCAUAUAACCAACGAUCCUGAUGUCAUCAAGGGGAGAAGAAAGACUGUGCAGGAAAUCUUCCACGAGCAUGCCACACAUUUGCGCAUUCUUCGCGAACAUCAUGAUGCCGUUGCUUUGGCUUCGAGUCGUGUGCCGGGACGUUUGCGUCAGAAUUUGCUAGCCAAUUUCCGCAAUGGCAGUCGUCAUGCACCCUACUUCAUUUAUGGCCCCCAUGGCAGCGGCAAGAGUGCGCUCCUGGUGAACUUGUAUCACCAGUGUAAGGAUUGGUUCAAUUCGACACGCGUCUAUCGCGUUAUGCGCUUUGCUGCCGCAUCACCGCGCUCUGCCUACAAUCUCGAAUUAUUACGCGUGAUUUGUCAGCAAAUCUCCAUUAUUUACAAUAUACCCGAAGGUUAUUUACCCAAAGAUGCUUCCUUCGAUCCGGUCUACAUCAACAGCUGGUUCCAAAAUUUACUACGUCGCAUCGAGGAUAUGAGUAAUGAUAUAUUUUUCAUUUUUAUCGACGAUCUACAACUGCUAAAUCCGCUUGACUGUGACGUGGUGGCGGCACUGUCAUGGCUGCCCACCUCUUUGCCAUGGAAUGUGCAACUCAUCUGCUCGACAACAACACCAAUUGAUCAGCUGCGCUUCACACCAAUGCAACGUGAUCGCUUCAAGUCGGCAGAGUUCCUUUUCGAUUUAACUGCUGAGGAAAAUCGCACUGAGUUGCAUAAGCCACUGGCCGUGGCUGCUGGCCUGCCGGAUAUAUCGUUUACGGAUUUUAUAGCGCACGAAUUUGAACGGCUUGAGGCGCGAUAUGGCAAGAAAUGUGUAGCGCGCUUAGCUGGUUAUAUUACUUGCUCGGAGUUUGGUUUAUCGGAAACGGAAUUGCUCGAGCUGCUGAUGCUCACGGACGAUCCAGAGGCAUUCGUUGAGGCGGAGAGAGGAAAUUUCAAUUUCUCUACCUUCAAGCAAAUACACAGUGAUAUGAAAUUUUUGUUGCGUGAUAAAAUCAUGUCUGGCAAAGUUCUGCUAGAGUGGCGUCACAGUUACUGCGCUGAACUCUCAAAAAGCCGUUAUAUGGAUGCGCAUAGUACACGAACGAUGCACAUAGCUAUCGCCAAUAUAUUUUUUCAGCAGGAAAAUGAAGAGAAUGAUGGCAGCACCAGUGAAAAUGCAUCGGGAGAAAGUGACAAACACUCAGUAAUCAGUCAAAAGGAGAAGGAAAGCAUUUCAGCAUCAGAGCGUAAAGCUUCAUCACAUCACAACGAUGACACAUCCACCUUUUACAAUCCCAUUGCCGCUGAUGUUUCAUACAGUAUGCGACAUGUGGAGGAGAGUUGGCAUCAUUUGAUGCGUUCCGAUGAUAUAGCGAAAUUUAAGCAGAUAGCCGUGUGCAAUUUUGAUUUCCUUUUGGCAGCGGUCCAAACAGUCUCAAUUAGUUAUUUGCGUUGCCUCAUCGAGCAUGUGCGCUGUUACUUGCUAGAUCGGGAUAUCGAACUUAUCUACUAUACAAUACGCAAGUCAAGUGAUGUACUCACACGUGAUCCCAUGCAGCUUGGCUCACAGCUCAUCUCCUGGCUACGUCCAAUCAGCGAACACGACGAGAACGACAACUCAUUACUGAGCAUAACGGUGCGCUCAGCGACCGCCUGGUGUGAUGGCUAUACAGUGCCAUUACUAGUGCCACUUACGGGCUGGUUACCUGCUACGCUGCCCUCGCAGAUACGCGUAAUGACAGUGACGGGCACUGGACAAGUGCGUGAUGUUUGUGUGUCGCCAACUAAGCAGCAUCUCAUCUUGGCAACCAAGUCGGGUGAUGUGCAAUUGUGGCACAUAAUGAGCAACUCAUUGGAGCACAUUUUCAAAGGCCACACUGCCGCAGUCACGUGUCUGUUGGUCGCACCACAAUCUGAUAUUUUGCUGACUGGCUCCGAGGACCACACCGUAUUGGUGUGGAACGUGACAACGCGUGUGCUGAAGACGCAUAUCAAGUCACAUACGGGAAUUGUGGCGAGUGUCGCAGCUGGUGUCAAUAAUACUUUGGCCAUUAGUGGCAGUGAGGACUCGACAAUUGCCAUCUCAGAUAUACAUAGUGGACAGUUGUUACACAGAAUUACACAACAUCGCGCUGCGGUGACAACUGUUAAAGUCAGCAACGCCUGUGAUGUACUGAUCUCCUCGAGUCGAGAUAAAAUAAUCUAUUUGUGGUCUCUGGAUGAUUAUAGACUAUUGAACAGCAUGCAUAUGUGUAGUCCCGUGCGUCGAAUUGACAUUUCAUGUGACUCGGUCUUUCUUCUGGCGCACUGUGAAGAUAAUGUCCUUUAUGUGCGCACAUUGGCCACAGGCAAGGAAUUGCAUGCGCUCAAAGGACACAAGUCGCAGCUCCAUGCCAUGACCAUCGCUAAGGACAGUCAACGCGCCGUUGUUGGAGGCGACGAUACACGUGCGCUCAUUUACGACAUGCACUCGGGGCGGCUAAUCCGCUCAAUGCCACCCAACCCCGGCUCGAUCACUGCGCUCUAUAUGAUGGAUAAUGAUGAUUUCCUCAUCACAGUUGGCGGAAAUAAAAUUACCUUCUAUUCCUUCCGCAACGAAGAAGUCUACGUGCACCCCUACUCACAUAAUCAACGUAGAAAACGUUCAUUGAAGCGGGCACAACAGUCGCAACGUUCCCCGUCGACAACACUACCACCGAUAACAUGUUUCGAUAUUUCACGUGAUUCGCAAUUGGCUGCAAUCGCUUCGAGUCGUAGCGUGCAUAUCGUAAAGAUCAACACGCCCGAAUAUCAGACCACGCUGGACGGACACGCCGCGCCCGUGACUUGUGUGAAUUUUGCGCCAAACGGUGAAUACCUGACCACUGGAUCGGAUGAUCGAACCGUGAAUGUGUGGAGUUUGGGUUUGAGUGAGGUGACCAAUGCGUUCAAGGGUCACAAUGCUUCAGUUAGCUGCGUUGUAGUGCUUAUGGAUUCGCGUCGCGUUAUCUCAACCGAUCGUGACUCGAUGAUGUAUGUGUGGCUGGCUGAGGGUGGGAAUUUGUUGCAAACCAUACAGGGCCCAUACAAGUUUUUGGCCGCAACAAAUAACAUGAAAUUCGCAGUUUCUACGAACGGCGACAAUACUUUGAAGAUCUGGUCGCUCACACGCGAAGAUGAAAAAUAUACUGUCUCACAUUCGGACGAAAUCACCUGCUUUACCAUUACCGCCGACAGUUUGUAUGUAAUAACCGGCUCGCGUGAUAUGUCGCUGAAAGUGUGGCAGGCGACUGGUGGCAAGCUGGCGCAGGUGCUGGUUGGACACACCGAUGCAGUUAAUUGUGUGGCGGUUUCGGUAACCAACAAGACACAGGUAAUAUCCGGUUCGAAGGAUACCAAUCUUAUAAUAUGGGAUUUACAUACGGGUGAGGAGCUACACACGUUGGCGGGUCACUUGGCUCCUGUGUUGGGUGUGAAGGUGUCAGCAGACGGCUCUACUGCAAUUUCGGGUAGUGACGACAAGACGCUCAUCGUGUGGGAGACCAAACGUGGCUUGGCGCUCACCUCACUCCAAAUGCAUGUGCCCUUCCAACGCUUUGACAUUAGUCUUGAAUGUUCUCGCAUUUUAGUGCAAUUAUUGGAGAGCUUCAAUUUGCCCGUCAUUUGUCUGCACAAUACGCCAGCGCAAUAUGUCAAGUUGCCCACAUACUCAGCACCAGCAAUGGAUGCAGAAGAUUUGCGACCGCAGGGCCCCAAACGUCAAAUGAAACGUCUUCUCAAGAAGGAGGUAUCAUUAGACACUUACACCUGGCAAAAGAAGUACGGCCAUCUAACUUCUUCUGUGAUGAUGGCUCAAGUAGAUGAACGCUUGAAACGUCGCUUCUCGGUAUCUGCAAGCAUGGAGGAGAUCUCGAAAAUCGCCGAAAUGAAAACAAUCACAUCGCAGACCAAUUUAGGCCCCGAACAAGCCGCCUUGGCGCAAUCACAGCAUUUCGAUCAGUUGGAGGCUUUAUGGAAUAAGCGUUCGCCGCCGAGAAGGAGACACAAUGCGGGUCUCUCACGGCAAACAUCACUCGUCGAGGAUCGCCUUGAGUCAUCCGACGACGAUGAGUAUCACGACGAGCGUACAGGUAUGUUUUCCCUUUCGUGCGAUCAAAUACACUUAUUAGCCAAUAUUCCGAGCAUGCUUCGAAUGCGUCCGCUUUCCCUGCAAGAGCACAUUUGGCUCACAUGUAGUUUGAAGGUACCCAUCGCACAUCAUUUAGCACAAAAUCAACACCAACACCAACAUGAACACAACCAUUUCCACCAUCACCACCACUAUCACAACUCACAUCAACACCACACAACUGUUACAACAACAGCCAGCAGCAGUAAUUUCGAUACGAAUAGUAACAGCAGCGCCAGUGGCCACAAUGCCACACAAAAUACGCGAAGUAGCGAGCGCAACAACAUCAAGGACAACGCCAACAAAAAUCACACACAACAACAAAGGACACACACACAUACCUGCGCAUGUUUGUUGCUACAUCAUCACCCCCAACAGCAGUCGCAACUACAGCAAAGGCGACGAUGCAACAGCAACGCCAGUGCUGUACGUCAACAACCAGAUUUAGUACGCGACUUGCAAUGUGAAGGCGGCCGCUGUGGCAGCAUGAACUCAGCACCGAGUUCGCCUUGUGAUGGCGAUUGUACGGACAGCGCGGACGAUGCUACGGAUUAUCUGAGUCGCGCACGUCGUCUAUUCCGCUGGCGUAGCCUCAAAACGCAUCGCGUUGCACACGCCCAAAAUUGUCAUUCCUUGCAGCCGCAUAUUUAUUUGAAUGGCACAACGACGCAAGCGGCGUCCAGCCAACACAACAACAUGCCACCAACAGCCACGCCGAUUAUCAUUGUAGAGAACUAUGAGCACCACAACGUGCGUCGAGUGCGCACGAAUAGAGUAAUGCAUCCGCAUACCGGACGCGCCGCAUGGGGUCACAUAGCCGAGGAAACUAUCACCGAAUUACGUUGCGCCCAGCAGAAAAAUCACUCUGCUAAACAAGAUACUACCGCCUCUGACACGCAUCAAUCACAUCAGUCGCCAUUGGCUGGCGCAGCUAGUACAACUGCUGUACACUCACGCAUGUCCGAGUAUUUGCGUCGUAGCUUGCGUAUCUCUCGCAUCUUCAGACGUGCGCAUUCCCAGAGUGAAGAGUCGUCGCAGGCAGCGACUGCGAUCGGGGGCAAGGAGAAGCGAUACUAUGAUGUUGUAAAUAUCGCUACGUGUGACGGGAAUGCGAGUAGUGCACUGUGUGAUACAGCGCUUAAGAUGCAUAACAAGCUGAAGUUAAAGAAAUUGAAGGAAGAGAAACGAACUAAGUCAGUAGAAGGGGAAGAAGGAGACUCCAAUAGCGCGUGUGUGACACAGUAGGGAGAGAGGGGGGCAAAAUUAUCAGCGUAGGAAUUUCUUGCUCUAUUAUGAAUAGAUUUUACGAUUAUUUUAGCUUCUUGGUGGUAAUAUCCUUACCAGCAAAACUCCGAUUACCUUCGAGACGACAUCGCAAUAACUUUUCAAUUUUUUUAGUUUGAACUAAGGUAUUUUGUUAUUGCAUCUGGUCUCCAGAGAGUUAAAAAAUAUUCUGCUUUUUUUAAUGUCAUAGUGGGUCAUUUGAA